AUGUCUCUUCCCAAAACUACCCCUGCCUGGGUCAUCCAAGGCACGAACCCCGAGACGCCGGGAUGGGGAAACCUCAAACUUGUCGAAGACUACCCCGUCCCAGAGCUCGGCGAGAACGACUGCUUGGUUCAGAUCCAAGCAGUGUCUCUGAACUAUAGAGAUCUCGUGAUCCCAAAGGUAAAAGCGCACCGCUACAACUACAGGACCCCAAAGCUGAGACAUAAUGUACAGGGCCAGUAUCCGCUGCCGCUCAACCUCCCCUGUGUUGCCGCCUCGGAUGGUGCGGGAAAAAUUCUCGCAGUGGGCUCUAAAGUAACUCAGUUCGAAGAGGGCGACAAGGUGGUCACCCAGUUUACCCAAGCACAUCAAUACGGACCGGUUACCGCAGAGAUGAUGAACACGACCUUGGGCGGCACCCAGCACGGCUGUCUGCGCAAGUAUGCCGUCUUCCCAGCAUCGGGCCUCGUCCACGCGCCGUCAAACCUGACACCAACCGAGGCGGGGACCUUGACUUGCGCCCCGCUCACGUCUUGGAAUGCGCUUUACGGUCUCGUAUCCAAAGCCUUGAAACCUGGAGAGGUGGUCCUCACGCAAGGAACAGGCGGCGUCUCACUUGCCGCCAUUCAGUUCGCCAAGGCUGCCGGGGCCACUGUCAUUGCAACGACGUCUUCAGAUGAGAAAGCCAAGCGGUUGGAAAAGCUGGGAGCCGACAUUGUGCUCAAUUACAAGAAGGACCCGAACUGGGGGGAGACAGCGAAGAGCCUUUCUCCUGGAAAAGCAGGCGUGGAUCAUAUCAUUGAGGUCGGCGGGCCUGGCACAAUGGCUCAGUCUCUGAAAGCGAUCAAACUCGAAGGUGUGAUUUCCGUGAUCGGUUUCCUGGGCGGCUUCAAGGCCGAGGACGACCCCAGCACGCUGGCCGCUUUGUCUGCGGGCUGCAUCAUCCGCGGCAUCUUGAUCGGGUCAAAGGCCCAACUGAUCGACAUGGGUCGUGCCAUUGACGCCAACAACAUUCACCCGGUGGUGGACGAGAAGACAUUUAGCUUCAAGGAUGCGCCAGAGGCGUACGAGUACCAGUGGCAGCAGAAGAACUUUGGCAAGGUCGUGAUUCAGCUCUAG